ACUGGAAAACGUGUUUGCCGGAUCGUCGGCGUCGCGUCGUCGUCUUCGCAGUUUUCCUCCCGUUUUCCGUUUUUCGAUUUCCUUCGCGACUCGUGCAUUUUUCCAGUGAUUAAUAGCCCUUCCAUUAUCGGCAAAACUCAUCCUCUUCCCCGAACAUCCAUCUUAAUGUGCGUGCCAACUUGUGUUGUUUUGUUUGUUUUUUCCUGUUCAUUUGUCAUAAUUGGCAGCCUAUCGAAAAAGUUAAUUAAAAAGUACAAAGCAAGAUUGAUAUGUUGUGCUUAAGUUGAGGAAUAUUGCCAAAAAAGGAAUACAUCUACAGCUUGAAACUAAAUAAUACAUAAAUAUCAUUUAACGAACCCCAUGUGGCCAGAUGGAGUAGCUGUUUUGUUCAUCUGAUGCUUAGUAGGCUGUUCUUUUUGAUAAAAUGCGCGACCUCAAGCAGCGCCUCUUCGACCUGCUGCGCUCCAGCGGCAACAACAACAGCGGCAGCAGCAGCAACAGCAACACGAACAACAGCAGCAAUUCGAAUCACAACAAGGGAAACACCCAGCCCCACAAACAGCAGACGCAUGUGCCCGCCCAAAAACCGAAGAAACUGCACGAGUACACGGCCGCCGAUUGCAAUGCGGCCUUCCUGCGGAAGUACCAUGAUCUCAGCAUAAGCAGGGAUCGGGAACUGGACCGGGAAAUGGGCAGGGAGAGGGAGAGGGAGAGGGCGGGACCUGGUCCAGCGCCCUCGGCCAAUGUGAUCUACUUCAAUGAGAACCUCUCGAUGGCCAGCAAGUACAAUGUGCGACCCUUUCCCCUGACCCGAUAUCCCUCGUGUCCGCUGAGCAGCUUUGGAGCCUCGCAAGGUGGAGGAGGAGGAGGAGGUGGUGGACGCCAGGAGGGCAGUGCCGGCAGCAGCUUGGGCGAGGAGGAGGACACCGAAAGUGAGCCUUAUCACUUCUGCUCCGACGAGGAUCGCAGCAGUCACACCCAGACCCUGAAAAUGCGCCACCAUCAUGGCCUGGAAAUGGAUGCCUCGGUGAACGAGGACGCCGACAUGGAGGACGACCAAGCCGAAUCCCAGCUGGACUCCUUCUGCACCCUCUGCACCUCCACCUUCAGCUACAACAAGUGCUGCCGCUUCUGCGAGAACUCCCUGUGCGGCUCCAAGUGCAAUUCCGAGCGGGGAUCGCACGCCAGCAGGAUGAGCCGCAUCAGCCAGAUCAGCAGAGGCCUGGGCAGUGGCUACCCCGCCGAUCCGGAGUUCGAUCCGCACCAGAAUCCACUGCAGCAGCACCGAUUUGGGGGCAGCAUGCGGAUGCUGGCCAACCAGCAGCCGGCGGCCAUUAGAACCAUAAACGAUUAUGCACUCAGCUCGAAUCUGCACCUGAACCACAGCAACAAACUGAACAAUCUGCACAGCAACAAGCUCCUGCACGGCAGCCAAAACAACAGCGUCAACACCAAUUCGAGCAGAAUGCACGCCCACCAGCUGGACUCCUACCUGGGCGGAGUGGGCGGUAUGAUGAAUCUGGGGAACAUGGGUCCAAUGGGCCAGGUGCACCAUCCGGGGAGCGUUUCCGGCAGCGAAAGACCCAACGGAGGAGCUCUGGCCCUUCACUACGCCGCCGCACGUGGCUGCCUCGACUGCGUCCAACUGCUGGUCGCCGCAUCCGUGGAUAUUUGCGCCAAUACGCAAAUGGACAACGAUGUCACGCCCGUUUACUUGGCGGCGCAGGAGGGCCACUUGGAGGUGCUCAAGUUUCUGGUGCUCGAGGCCGGCGGCUCUUUGUACGUCCGUGCACGCGACGGCAUGGCACCGAUCCAUGCCGCUUCACAAAUGGGCUGCUUGGAUUGCCUCAAAUGGAUGGUCCAAGAUCAAGGUGUUGAUCCCAAUCUGCGGGAUGGCGAUGGUGCCACGCCCCUGCACUUUGCCGCCUCCCGGGGCCACCUUUCCGUAGUCCGCUGGCUGCUCAAUCAUGGAGCGAAAUUAUCCCUGGAUAAAUAUGGCAAAUCCCCGAUCAACGAUGCCGCAGAAAAUCAACAGGUUGAGUGCCUGAAUGUCUUGGUUCAGCAUGGCACUUCGGUGGACUACAAUGGCAAGAGCAGCUCGCAGCGGCACAAGUCCCAGCAGCAACUGCACCACCAGCAACAUCAGCAGCAGCAGCAGCAACACCAGCAGCAGCAGCAACACCUGAGCAGCAGCUGCAACUCGAACUCGAAUUCCUCGAAGCAAACGAGUCGCAGUAACACGAUCAAGUCCAAGUCCUCCUCGACUUUGAGCUCCGAUGUGGAGCCGUUCUACUUGCAUCCACCGGCCAUCGCGGGCGGAGCUGGAGGAUCGGGAAUGGGCAUGGGCAUGGGCAUGAGCAUGGGCAUGGGGAUGAGCAGCAUGGGCAUGGGCAUGGGCCUGGGAAUCUCGAGGAAGAACAGCGAUGCCCUGUACUCGCAGCAGUCGAGGAGCUCGUCCGAGAAGCUAUACAAUGGUUCAUCCUCCUUGGGUGGCAAUGCGGGAGGUAAUGGCUCUUCGGGUGCCGGCGGUGGAGGAGGAGGAGGCGGUGGCGGAGGUGGAGGUGCCCUGCUGCCCAACGAUGGACUGUAUGUGAAUCCCAUGCGGAAUGGCGGGAUGUACAAUACGCCCUCGCCGAAUGGCAGCAUCUCCGGGGAGUCCUUCUUCCUCCACGAUCCGCAGGAUAUCAUCUACAAUCGCGUGCGGGAUCUGUUCGUGGACUCCGAUUGCAGCAGCAGUGUGAAGCAGCAUGGCAAGAGCCACGCCCACGCCCACGGCCACGGCCACCAGCUGAUGCAGUCGAAGGCGGGUAAUGCCAUGACCAUCCAGGCGGAUGUCCACUCCAGCUCCAGUGGAGCCGGCAGUGGCUCCGACGAGUCCGUGUCCAUCUCGUCCAGCUUCAACUCGCCGAAGCAGCAGCAGCAGCUGCGCAGCCAGAGCUUCAAUCGCCACGGCAGCAGCAGCAACAUCAGCAACAUAAGCGCCAGCGGCAACAGCAAGAACAACAUCAACAACUACAAGCCGCACAAGGGGCUGCCGAAUAAUCAGAAUGGCGGUGGCGAUCACGACUACGAGGACAUAUAUUUGGUGCGCGAGGAGUCGCGCAAGCAGCACCAGCAGCAGCAGCAACACCAGCUGCUGCAGCAACAACAGCAGCAGCUGCAACAUCAGGCCGUGCCACAGCAGCAGCAGCAGCAGCAACACAAAUAUAACGUGGGACGCUCGCGAUCGCGGGACAGUGGCUCCCAUUCGCGAUCGGCCAGUGCCAGUUCCACCAGGAGCACGGACAUUGUGCUGCAGUACAGCAAUCAUCACUUGAACAACAAGCGGAACAUGAACAACAGCAGCAACAUCAUCAACAGCAACAUUUCACUGACCAACAACAACAACAACAGCCUGCUGAAUCGCAAUAAAUCGCAUUCGAUUAUUGGAUUGCACAGCAGCAAGUACGAGUCCUCGACGAAGGACAACUACAGUGCGAAGAACGUGAACCUGAAGAACCAGCUGCUGAACGGCGGCAUCAAGAGCGACACCUACGAGAGCGUCUGUCCGCCGGAGGACGUGGCCGAGCGGACCAAGCAGACGCACAAGAACUCCAUGAUCCGGAACAACCUGGCGGAUGCCUCCACCAACAACAGCAGCAGCAUCAGCGGCAGCAUCAGCAACAUCAGCAGCAUGAGCAACAUGAGCAACAUGAACGGCGGCAGUCAGAGCAGCAGGAAUCUGAAGCGCGUCUCCUCGGCGCCGCCAAUGCAAAAUUUGGCAGUGGUUAAUGGACCACCUCCACCCCCCUUGCCGCCACCUUUGAGGGCACCCCCUCAGCAGCAGCGCAACAACUUGAACGCCGAGCAGCCAAACAACAUGAACGGCAGCAACAACAUCUACAAGAAGAAUGUGUUCGGACCGAAUCAGGGUCCAACCACCGCCAGUGGAGCUCCUCCUCCAGUUCCGGCUCCCAAUCCCGUGGUCACCGAUGCCGUGGACUCCGAUUCCGGACUCGAGGUGGUCGAGGAGCCGAGCUUGAGGCCAUCGGAACUGGUGCGCGGCAACCACAAUCGCACCAUGUCCACCAUUUCGGCGAACAAGAAAGCCAAGCUGCUCAAUGCCAGCAGCACAAAUGGAGUUGGUGCCGCCAAUCCGGAGGAGUCCCGAUCUGGAGGAGGAUCUGGUGGUAAUGUUACUGCCGCCGGAGCAGCCAAUAAUGCCCACUUUUAUGGCUAUGCGGAGGGGCCGAAGGGUCAGAGGGGAAAUGGCAAUGGAAAUGGGAAUGGAAAUGGAAACUAUCCCAACCAGCAGCCGCAUUAUCCCAGCAACCAGCCGCAUCAGUACACGCCCAGCCUCUAUGGUGGAGGCUCCUCCGCCGAGGACCACUACGAGCUCACCCAGCAGCAGCAGCAGAUCUACGGGGAGAGCCAUCUAGCGGGCGGACAGCGGACCGGCGGACCCAAUCUGGUCAACAAGCAGCUGGUGCUGCCGUUUGUGCCGCCCAGUUUUCCCAAUAAAUCGCAAGACGGCGUCACGCAUCUCAUCAAGCCGUCCGAGUAUCUCAAGAGCAUCAGCAUCGACAAGCGUUCGUGUCCAUCCUCCGCCCGCUCCACGGACACCGAGGACUACAUGCAGAUACAGAUCGCCCAGCAGCAGCAGCAGGUGCACCACUCGCAGCUCCACUCGCAGCAUCCGCAGUCGCAUCCGCACCACCCACACCCCCAUCCGCAUCCGCAUCCGCACCCGCACCACCCCCACCAGCUGCAUGGAAUGGGCGAGCAGCCGCCGCUGCCGCCUCCACCGCCGCCCCUGCCCCACGGAAUGCUGCCGCCGCAGCCCCCGAUGGGUCCGCCGAUGGGCGGGGCAGGCGGCCAGGACGCCACCAUGUCCGGCAAGUCGCACAAGCCGAAGAAGCCGCACGGAUCGGCGCCCAACAGCCAGGACACGGCCACCAGGAAGCAGCACCAGCCCCUGUCGGCCAUCUCCAUUCAGGAUCUGAACAGCGUCCAGCUGCGCCGCACGGACACGCAGAAGGUGCCGAAGCCCUACCAGAUGCCCGCUCGCAGUUUGAGCAUGCAGUGCCUGACCUCCAGCACGGACACCUAUCUCAAGUCCGACCUGAUUGCCGAGCUGAAGAUCUCCAAGGACAUACCCGGCAUCAAGAAGAUGAAGGUGGAGCAGCAGAUGGCCAGCCGGAUGGACUCGGAGCACUACAUGGAGAUCACCAAGCAGUUCUCGGGCAACAACUACGUGGACCAGAUCUACUUGCAGAUACCGGAACGGGACCAGGCCGGCAACGCCAUUCCCGACUGGAAGCGCCAGAUGAUGGCCAAGAAGGCGGCCGAGCGGGCCAAGAAGGACUUCGAGGAGCGGAUGGCCCAGGAGGCGGAAUCGCGCCGUCUCUCCCAGAUUCCCCAAUGGAAGCGGGAUCUGCUGGCGCGGCGCGAGGAGACGGAGAACAAGCUGAAGGCGGCCAUCUACACGCCCAAGGUGGAGGAGAACAACCGGGUGGCGGACACCUGGCGGCUGAAGAACCGCGCCAUGUCCAUCGACAACAUCAACAUCAAUCUGGCCGGCAUGGAGCAGCACUACCAGCAGAUCCAGUUCCAGCAGCAGCUCCAACAGCAGCAUCAGCAGCAGCUCCAGUUGGGCAACAAGGAGAACCAUGGCGAACUAAAGGGUGCUGAUCAGGAUCAGGAACAGGGCGGUGUUGGUAUCGGCGUCGUUGGAGUCCAGGAGCUACUCGAAUCCCCGGAGGGCAGUCAGGGACAGGCCGAGGAGGAGGAGGACAACAUCAUCCCGUGGCGCGCCCAGUUGCGCAAGACCAACAGUCGCCUCAGCCUGAUCUGAAUCCACAUAUCCAACCCAAAUUCCAGUCUCAACUUCUAAGCGGUGCAUUUUUUUUUUGUUUUUUUUUUUUUGUCGAUUAACUUAAAGCAUGUGCAAUUCUAAAAAGAAAAAAAACCUUAAUAUAAACGAUUAAAACUAAGCCUAAGUUCUAGCUACUUACAUUGUACUAUAUGCAUUAUCAUAUACCCCUAUUAUUACACCUAAUUAUACUCCAGGUUUUUUUUUUUUUUUGGCAAAAAGAAUAUUGUUAUUCCUAGGGGGCAGUAUCGAUCGCAAGGCGAACAUCCGCAUAUAUCUAAUCUUAACUGCUGUCCUUGAGUUCCAUUUCGGUGUUGUAUUUUUUACCAUUUUUACUCUCUAACUAUUAUUUUAUUUUUUUUUUGUGACUCGGCUUGAAUUUAUUA